CUUCCAUGAAGUCUACAUUUAAAGCAGCUUUUGGAAACACUUCCAAGUGGUUUUUUUUUUUCUUUUUUUUUUUGGUUUGGUUUGGUGUUCUAAUCUCAGGUCACACCCGUCAAAAGGUAGUGGAAAUAAAUUUGAAUAAACAAAACAGGCUUGCUGAAAAUAAAACCAGGACUCCUAAACUGCUCCAGUCAACCUGCUUCCACAAGGCCCUGCUGUCAGCCAGUGUGGCUCCGAGGCUGGGCGAGCAGCAUCCGGCAUGUACCAGGUGGUUGCAUUCUUGGCAAUGGUUAUGGGAACCCACACCUUUCAUCUGUGGCUCCAGUGCUGCACCCACUGGCCUAGCUGCUGCCCCAGCAAAGGACAGAACUCCACUGAGGAGUGGCUGAAGUGGAACACUGUGCUCACGCCUCCCCCAGAGCCUGCCAGCCUUGCCCACCACCCAGAGUCUUGCAGAGCUAGCGAAGAUGGACCCCUCAACAGCAGGUCCAUUGCCCCCUGGAGAUAUGAGUUGGACAGGGACUUGAACCGGCUCCCCCAGGACUUAUACCAUGCACGUUGCCUGUGUCCACACUGCGUCAGCCUUCAGACAGGCUCCCACAUGGACCCCCUGGGCAACUCGGAGCUGCUCUACCACAACCAGACCGUCUUCUACCGGCGGCCAUGCCCUGGAGAGCAGGGUGCUCACAAUGGCUACUGCCUGGAACGCCGGCUCUACCGUGUCUCCUUGGCUUGCGUGUGCGUGAGGCCCCGUGUGAUGGCCUAGCUGUGCAGCCCCGGGCUGGUCCUUGCUCAAACACUGGAG